GAGAAAAAGAAAAAGAAAAAGAAAAGGCUGACCAAAACAGUUUUGAGUUGGGAAUAGAGAGCCUGAAAGAAUGACUACACCUUCACCUUCGAGACUGUUGUCGCCUCUAACCACGACCGCCACUUCUUUAUCUUCCCCUUCUUCUUCACCGGAUUUUUUGUGCAAAUCCCUGAAAACCCUUUACUCUGCAAGCCCCAGUUUCAGUCUCCAGUCUCCCUCUUCUCCUUCAUGCUUGUCGUUUCUUCGUUCUCACCACAGAUGUAUUCGAAAACACGGACAUUCUCUUUCCAGACCACCGUGGCUUUGUGGACACAUGAGAAGAGAUCAGGACAUGGAUUAUUGGAAAUGUGAAGAGGAGAAUGUGAUCCGCCUGUUUGGUUCAGAUGAGGAGGCUGGCAAUCAAGUUCCAACACAAGCUCAAUCUAUUGUAGAAGGAUCGGGGGCAGUUAUGCUAUCAGAGUUUAAACCUGUUCCAGAUGUAGACUAUUUACAGGAGUUAUUGGCCAUUCAACAGCAAGGGCCAAGAUUUAUUGGCUUUUUUGGGACACGGAAUAUGGGGUUCAUGCAUCAAGAACUUAUUGAGAUUCUUAGCUAUGCUAUGGUUAUAACUAAAAAUCACAUUUAUACUUCUGGAGCAUCUGGAACUAAUGCAGCCGUCAUCAGAGGUGCUUUAAGAGCUGAGAAACCAGAGCUGCUUACGGUGAUUUUGCCUCAAAGUUUGGAAAAGCAAUCUCCUGAGAGCCAGGAAUUAUUGUCAAAAGUGAAGAAUGUGAUAGAGAAGCCUCACAAUGAUCAUCUACCUCUGAUAGAAGCCAGCAGGCUGUGCAAUAUGGAUAUCAUUUCACGUGUACAACAAGUCAUUUGCUUUGCAUUCCAUGAUAGCAGGCUGCUUAUGGAAACAUGUCAAGAGGCCAAAAAUAUGCGGAAGAUUGUGACUCUUUUCUACUUGGACUAAGAGCAAAUUCAUGUUCAUUUUGUCUCUACAUUUUGUUUGUGCGAGAGAAGUAGGCUUCUUUAUUAUGGGUUUUUCUUUGUAAAUCGCAACAGUAAGGGGACAAAACCUCCCAGCUUUUCUUCCUAUGGAAAGAGGUUAUUUCCUGCUCGUUUUAUCAUUAAUAGGAAAGAAACUAUUACAGAUGUACCAAUCCAAAUGAAUGCUAAUAAUGCAUGCUGCGUACAUGCAAAUAUAUUUUAUUUGUUCUGA